GACUAUAAAUACAUAAGAAGACGUAGUUUUAGAGCAAGCGAGGGAUAUCAGUGGAAAAUAAAACCUGACAGGCCUCAGAAGUUACUUCACCUGAAGGAGCGCAAACUGCUGUUAUUAAUGAGCCCUGAAUGACCUUGGAGAGCUAGCAAAGAGCCAGCUAAACAACAACAGCUAAUGUUUGGCUCGAGUGUCCUAAAAAUCCCACUUUGCCUCAGAUAAACAGUUUGAUUCCAUCCUCACAUCAAACAUAGUUAGAUCCACUUCAGAGACAGUUUCAGUAACUGAGGCUAACAGCAGCUAAUAGAGGCUAACAGCAGCUAAUAGAGGCUAACAGCAGCUAAUAGCAGCUAAUAGAGGCUAAAAGACACUAACAGCAGCAAACAGAAGCUAACAGCAGCUAACAGCAGUCCAUAUUGACAGAAAGUUCAGCAUAUUUUCAACAUCUUGCCUCAGUAUCACUGUCAUCAGACAGAAGUGAGUUUCACUCACUCACUGAUUCCUCCAAACUAAAUACAGGUGGACACCAGCUGGCACCAGUGAUCUGACAGCUUACACUACAGAUGAAUGUUAUUUUGCUGACUUCAGGGGUGAAAAUGUUAAAUCCUGCAAAAUACUUGACACAUAUCUGUUUCUUAUUUCUGAUUUACUGCUAAAUGUUGAUAUUAUUCAAAUAUGUUAAAAUGUAAUGUGAAUUAAAUGUUUUAUAUAGAAACAGUAGUAGAAGGCCCGGCGUGGCCAUUACAAGGCCUAACAACAACAGUUAGAAACAAACAAAUAAUGGUGCAGUAACAUCGGCUGUAGAUGUGAUCAUCACCAUGAAUCCAGGGCGCUUCUGUCUGGUGACCUCGGCAUAUCAAUGUCGAAAUAGCGGUAAAACUGUGGGAGGAGCCACGGGAGUUCAGGGUCGGAUCUGAGACCCCUUAGGAAGGACUUUCAUUGGACUUCAAAGAACUUCUGUCCACGAGCUCAGGAAGUUCUCAGGGCGUGCAGGGGAACAGCUGACAUGUACUCGAUUUAUUGUCGAGGGUGGAAAGAGAACUUUGAGGAGCUCCUGAGUCUGACCGAACCUUCGUCUGUGAAGGAGACACAGCCUGAAGAUUUGGGGGAACCUCUGCAGAUACACUGGCAGAGAUGCUGUCUGGUUCAGGACGUCAGGACUGACUCAGACUUGUCCUGAGAUGAUAACGGCUCUGUACAUCACGGGCUGUUUGGGCUUUAAGGUGCGGACAGCGCCUUUGUACUGGCAGACUGAGGUGGUGGUUCCCUUUGGAGGUCUUCCAGGCAGGAGACCCCGAGUGAGACCAGAACCUGCUGGUCUGGUUAGGAAGGCCUCAGAAGUCUGGAAUACGGCUCAGCCUGCAGGUGACCUGACUUUGAUGGAUGGAUAUGUUUUUACAAGCAGACGCUUCUGAUGAGCGCUGGGGUCAGAGCGCAGCUUGUUUUUGUAACGUUUUUUAUUGUUGGCAAGAGUGUUAAUAAAAAAAUCGUUAAUCAUGAAACAGAAACACGAGAACACAAAGAGAAGAAGAGCGUUGGGUCAGCUCUAAAUGACCUGUUCAAGUUCAAUAAGCAGAAAGAGGUGAACAUGUUUCAGUAAAACGACCCUGAUGGUUUCCAUCACAGCAUGAACGUCCGGCUCAUAUCAGCCUCGGGUGAAUUCUGCUCAGCCCGGACGCAAGUGAAGGAGGAAGAAACCACAGUGGCAUCAGAAACAGUUUGGCACCCGCACUUCCUGUCUCAUUACAUCACACCGUUUCCUACAACUCCGAGGAAAUACACCAGACAAGCCUUUUAUGGAAAUGUAAGGUCGGUUAGGUUCACUGAACAAAACCAUGACAGCAGGUCCUUGGUGAUGAAGCAGAAUACAAACAAACAACAACAAACCUCAAACAUCUGAAGACGAAUCAAACUGAAACUUCAGGCAAGACGUGCAGUCGAUGAACCAAAACCAGAACACUCUCUGUGUGUGUGUGUGUGUGUGUGUGUGUGUGUGUGUGUGUGUGUGUGUGUGUGUGUGUGUGUGUGAGAGAGACUGGGUGGGGUCUGAAUAAAAGUGUGUCCUGUCAGAUAUCAGAGACCAAUUCUCUUCAGCUCACCCUCCAUGAUCAUGCAGACGCAGACAAACAGCCGAAACUAUACCGAACAUUUGAUAGAGGGUCAGCAUGUGCGGCUGAAUGAUUUAAGAAGUACAGCUGAGCGUCAGGGUUUGGAGAACCAGUACCUCUACAAAGAAGACAUCCCUGACUACCCCCGACCCGAGUUCUGCGUGUCUCACCUGAAACAUGACACAGAGCGAUGGGGGCUAUGUGGGAUCCGGAAGGACAGAGGCUUCAAGGAUCCUCGUGGAGGCUCCUCAGAUCCUCGCCAUCUCUCCCUGGUGUGGUGGAGUCUGGCUGUGGGACCCGAGGAGAUCCAAGCGGCUGAGACGAGGCUCCUGGAGGAGACCUACCCAGACCGGAUGGAGGAGCAGGCUGCAGAGCAGGAGAGCUUCCUGUGGAAGUUCGCCUCCUCUCCAGCCUUCAAGAGGAGGUCGAGACUGGGCUCGUACCGCUUCAGGUUUCCUCUGGAGGAGGUGCUGACGGCCUACAGCGAGCAGUUUUGCUCCGGAGCUCCGCCCAUCAUGAGGGUGUUCAAGACCUCGCUGUACAAACAGGAAGUGCAGUACUCUGUGCUGGUACACAGCCCGGCCAAUCAGCAGUUCUUCUCAAGGUUUCCUUUGCUCCCUGAUGAUGACCCGGACGCCGUCUGCACUUAUAGAGACGGACGCUUCAUCUGGAGACCGGAGGCCAUGUGUAAGACACACAGCUACGAGUUGAUCCGAGGACUUGACGAGAACCAGAUAGACGCUCGGGGGCCGAUUAGGCACCCAGAGUUUUAUGUGUGGGAUCACGUCGCCGUCGCCCUGCACAUGGAGAACAGAAAGGUGCUGAGGUUUGAUCCUGAUCAGCUGAGAGAAAACCUGAGGUUCUGCUGGAGGGACAACAGGACAAUCAUACCCCAAACACGCUUUGAUCACUUCUGCAGAGCCCACUCCCUCCUUAGACGCCUGUGGCCCAGAUACUCCUGGCUGGAGAAGGAGCCCCCACUCCGGCCUACCUGAGGCAAUGAAUCCACAUUUCUCCUGACAGCUGCCUCGAGUGGACACUAGGAGAACUGCAGUCUUUGUUUUCUUAUUAAAAAUACUCUAGUAAAAGUAAAAGGUAUCUCUGAGGUUGUGUCUACUAUGAAUGUGAUAAAAAAUAAAGAAAUAAAGAUGAAAUAAAGAUAAAUGAACUCGGGGGUGGCAUAAGCUCCACCCCUGGCAGCCCUGAACUGGAUCAGUAGAAGAUGAUGGGCUCAGAGUUCCAGCAACACAACUUCUAUCACACCUGGAGACUGAUGAGGUACAAUACAAACAGUACAGCGAGUAGCUAGGACGCCAAUGUCACAGCCUGGCCCUCGCCAUAAUUUGUAUCAUGGUGGCUGGACUUUGUUCUCUGUGUUCUGUGCCUUUAAAUGUCUCUGCAGGUCCCUGCUGAUUUGAGAGCUGGCAGCUGCUGAUUGGUUCCCUGAUCAAGUGGCUUUUUUAAAAACCCUCCCCAGCAGCAGCAGCUGAGCUGUGUGUGUGUGUGUCUGUGUCUGUGUUCCUGUCUAGCUAUCUUUGUGAGGA